GAGAUAUAGUUAUGAUUCUUCUAACUAUUAUGGAAGUUGCUAGAUGUGGAUUAAUAAUUGUUCUUAACACCAAAGCAGAUCCAAAUUCAUUGGGCCUGAGUAUACAUGAAAAAUAUAUAUAAGUGAAAGAUAAAUUGUAUGUUUUCAAUUAAUAUGAUUUUAUAUCUGAUGAAUGUAGUUCUGCUGUUGCACCUGAAUUGUAUGAACCUUCUUUUGGAACUGAGCCUGUGUUUAUUUUAUGAGUAUGUGGCGAACAGGGAGAUUGUAGUGGCCCUGUUCUAAGUGCACAAUGCUCCUUUCUUUUUGGGCAUUCAAAAUCCCAAAGUUGGUCCUGCAGCUGUGCCAUUUUAUGUUAUAAGUAUUCUAACAGCAUUGAGGUCUAAGAAGUUAAAUUUCAAACACUUUUAGUUAACCUUGGCUUAUAUAGGAAAUAAAAUUAUGCAGAACUGUGAUUAUGUGAGGUUUGUGAACUUUGUUGACACUUCUUAAUUUCAUUCUUUGCUUGUAUGAAUUGUUAUGAGGCAUCACAAACUUCUUAUUUGGUGAUACUAAAAUGGCAAUCUGUUUUACUGAUUUGAGGCUUAAUCAUGUCCAAAGAAAGUUAAAUACACAAUAUUGUUGUUUCUUUUACUCCUUACAACACCAUUAGAUUCAGUGAGAUCUGAAGGCCUGUCAUGUUAUCAACGUCUUUAGUUCUCUUUCACGAGAAAAAUCAUACAUAACGGUUUAUGUUAACCCGACCAGGUAUUAUAAUUAUAGGUUUUCUUUUUUAUGAAUCUUUUGGACCAAUAAUAUGUUUAUCCAAAAAGUUAUAAUCUUUAUUUGAUUGUCACACAAAUCUGAUUUUUAAAUAUUUAUGGCACAAAGGUUUUUUGGAGCACGUGUUGCCAGCAUGACAUGGAACUUUGGAAGAGUGGGUCCUCUAAGGCAUCCAAAGAUUUGUCCCUGUAGCCAAAUCAGGAGCUCAUUCAGGCAAAUGCAGAUGAACACUGCCCACAAUGAUAAUUCACGAGGUUCCCUUAUUGUUCUAGAAGGACUAGACCGCAGUGGGAAGACUUCACAAUCUAAUAGACUGGUCACAUUCUUAAAGGAAAAAGGAUUAUCAGUUGAAUUAUGGCGGUUCCCUGACAGAAGCACUUCUACCGGCCAAAUGAUAUCUGCAUAUCUUGCAAAUGAAUCACAAUUAGAUGAUAGAGCAAUACAUUUGCUUUUUAGUGCAAAUCGCUGGGAGAAAAGAUCACUAAUGGAGAGCAAGGUAAUGAGUGGAACCUCUCUUAUUAUUGAUCGCUAUUCAUAUUCUGGAGUAGCAUUUUCUGCCGCAAAGGGGCUAGAUGUAGAGUGGUGUAAGGCUCCAGAAGUGGGACUGAUAGCUCCAGAUCUGGUUAUAUAUCUUGAUAUAUCUGCAGAGAAAGCGGCAGAAAGAGGAGGCUAUGGCACUGAAAGGUAUGAGCAGCUGGAAUUCCAAAAGAAAGUUGCAGAGCAUUAUCGGACCCUUUAUGAUGCUUCUUGGAAGCUGCAGAUUGUUGAUGGUGGCCUCCCUGUGGAAACACUGGAGGAACAGAUAAGAGAGAUUGCGUUGGGUUGUAUAUUGACAUGCCAAAAGGGCAAGCCACUCAGCAAACUCUGGCAGGCCAAAUAGUUCUCUUUAAUGGAAGUCUUCCUUCAUAACAACCUGCAUCCUGCAAAGGCUUGCAACUGCAUGUACGCUUCAUCAGCUGAUUUUUACGUUCUUGAUGAUGAUUUCUUGGUCCUUCUCGGCCUUGCUGGUGCUGCAAUUAAGAUUUUCAGGCGAGUUGAAGACCCACGUUAGGUAAUUUUCCUGUAGUCAACAGCUAUAAAUAGUUCAGGGCUCGACUGUCGUGGUUUAUUUACCUGUAGUAGCAGUUAUUAUACAGCAUGGGUGAGUUGUGAUUGACCGAAUACACUGUUUUUUCCUCUGAAUUGUGAUUGAUAUCCUCGUUAGCAUUU